CCGAAACACACGGUUUGUCGGGCCGUAGUCAUAUGCACUCGACCAGAAACUGACGCGAGGACCUGACCAGCACACCAUGCGGGUUCUGCUUCGUGGAGUACUACACUCAUGCAGAAGCCCUUGCCAGCAUGAAGUAUGUUAGCGGUACCAAGCUGGACGAGCGUAUCAUUCGGUGUGAUCUGGACCUAGGCUAUAAGGAGGGCAGGCAAUUUGGACGGGGGAAGAGUGGCGGUCAGGUACGAGACGAGCACCGCCAGGAUUAUGAUCCAGGACGAGGUGGAUGGGGUGCACAAGCGCAGAGACUUGAAGCUGAGCGCCGAAGAGAAGUGGAGGAACGGUACGCGGACGCGCAAGAAGGACCUGGUGCGGUUGCUGGUGGAGGUGGUGACUGGAAAGAAUCUGAAACGGCCGUUCCUUCACGGAAACGCGGACGGUCGCCAGAUGAUGAAGGAGACAACGUUCGUAUGGUAUGUUCAUCCCGGUUCCAGGUGAUUCAAUAGUUGACAUUGUUGCAGGGUCACCAUCGUUCACGGGAUGACAUGGAAGUUGAACGAAUGUAAACGUACUACUGUUAUGGUUUAC